GCCGGCUGAACAGCCCCUGCUGGCGCCAGGCGAGGCCGCCCGCCUCGUGCGGAGGAUGCUGGUCGCCACGGAGACCCAGCUGGCCGACCGGGUGAAGAUGGAGUCGCGCAUCGCCGAGCUGGAGGCCCUGAUCGGCGCCGCUGAGACGGACCGCACGGUGCAGCACAGUCAGACGGCCUCCCACCGAGCGCUCAUCUCCAGUCUGGAGGCUCAGGUGAAGAAUCUGCAGAACUCGCUGAGCGGCUCCCAAGCGGAGCUGAGCCGGGUCAUGACCAAGAACACCAAGAUGAAGACGUUCGUGGACCGCGGGGAGUCCUCGCUGAAAGACUGCGAAAACAAGCUGAUCAAGACCACCAGCGAACUCGAGGUGUGCCAGACACAGAGCUCGCAGCUGCAGCGCCAGUGCGCCGACCUGCGCGCCACCGUCGACGAGCUGCAGCGCGAGGCGCGCCGACAGACCAAGGUCAUCGAGCAGGUCAUCCGUGAGCGGGACAAGUUCCAGAACGACGUGGACGACAAGACGGAGCUGCUGGACGAGCACUGUCAACAGCUGGAGAAGUGCACUGCCCACAUCGGGCAGCUCGAGUCCACCAUCACGAACCUGACCGCCGACCUGGCGUAA